AUCGUCUUGAUACACGUAUGUUGUACAAAUUGUAUUUACGCUUAUAGCAAGACUCGAUAUUACUGUGCCAAGGAUAAAAAUUACGUAAUCUUAUAAAGAUUAAAUUAUUUGACUGUGUAGCAUUAUCCUAACUGUAUUUCGAUUCAAAGUGUGUGACUGUGAGAUACAGAGUAAAAAAGUAUAAUAUAGACGAUCAUGUCGUGCAAAAUAGAAUUUGUAAAGAAUGUUUUGGAGAAAGUGGCGAAAGGCAAAGGCUUUGGUAGAUGUAUGAAAAAUAUGAGAUUGCUGUCAGCCGGCGAUGGAAAAUGCAAAGCACAAUUCACUGUGGCUGAAGAGCAUCUGAAUGAGGGUGGCUUUUUACAUGGUGGUUUUACUUCUACCAUUAUAGACUGUAUAUCUACGUAUGCACUAAUGACUCACAAAAUUGAACCUCCUCCUGGUGCUUCUGUAGACCUGCAUGUGACGUUUUUGAAGGCUGCAUUUCCUGGUGAGAUAGUGACGGUUGACGCUAAAACUGUACGUGCUGGGAAGAAUUUGGCUUUCCUCAUGGUGGAGCUCACAAAGAACGAUGGUAAGGAUGUCGUUGCCCAUGGGCAACAGACAAAGUAUCUUGGACUAAUUAGUCAAUGAAGUUAGGAAUUAUUAGUUUGAUUCGUAAAAAUGUACAUAAUGUACAUACAUGAAAUAAAGAGUAGAGUAUACUAA